UUGGCAACACUCUUUUUAUGUUAAUGUCAUAAAAUUCCCCAGAAGGGUGAUUUAGGUUUAGCAUGUAGUGUGCCUGUUUGGUUACGUGCGCAAGGUUGAAUUUUAAAAAUGUCUGGUCGGGAAGGAGGAAAGAAAAAGCCACUGAAGGCACCUAAGAAAGACUCAAAGGAAUUGGACGAAGACGAAAUGGCUUUUAAGCAAAAACAAAAGGAACAACAAAAGGCGAUGGAAGCUGCCAAACAGAAAGCAUCACAAAAAGGUCCGCUUGUUGGUGGAGGUAUUAAGAAGUCAGGAAAGAAGUAAAGCUGUCGCCAAAUUAGUUUUUUUUUAUUUUUAUAAGACCGAUGAAUAGCAUUUGUAAUAAAUAAAUUAA